AUGUAUCCAACAGUAAUUUAUCGGAUUGAUUCACCUGCUACAACGCCAACGUGUAUUUAUGUUGAUCAUCAUGAAACAUCGACAUCCACGCGACAGCCUUACCACAUAUUAGUGACCACCAAUAAUAGAAAUGACGCUGCAACGUCGGAUACAAGAGCGAUUCGUCGUGAAUUAAAUCAAAUCAAGCAUGAUAUGAAAGAAUUAAAACGACAGCAAACAUCACCAACGUUCUUAAUGGUCAAACAAGACUAUUCGAAUGAUGUGUCUUCAACCAGUACCUCAUUUUCAUCCAAUAAUCAAAACAAGUUAUCCUCGCAAAAUCCAUUCUACUGUUGUAAUGAAUACCAUCACAUUGUUGAAGAACAAACUUAUGCUGAACGCCCAAUGUUGAGACCAAAGACCGGUACCACAGUUUAUCAGGACAGUUACAAACCUGUAUCUUCAUCUCCAUCACCUAUCGGCUACGUUUGCUAUCCAGUGUACUCGGAGCGACCGGCAACAUUGAAAGAGCUACAAAAGCGAAUUCCAUCAUUAUCACCUGCUAUUCAAAAUCGUCCACGCUGGAUACCAACAUCGGCUAAAAGUAAUUAUUCAAAUCGACGAUGGAACCUCAGUGUACAUCAUCCGGAACCGUGA